CUUCCUGCGUCUGUAGCGGCAGAAGCCGAGUUCAAAAGAGGGUGAGUAUUAUUAUGGCGGGUUCACUGCCGAACAUCAUCUUGAAGCGAUUUGCUGCUCGCUCUCUCAGCAAACCGCAGCUUGGUGGGUCACUUUGCAACUAUGGCUUGAGAUUUUUAACUUCUGCGACAAAUGAUCCUGACACACAUGAUGACUUCAAGCCAGCUAAUAAGCUUGAGACACAUGAUGACUUCAAGCCAGCUAUUAAGCUUGGCACAGACUUCAAGCCAGCUAAUAAGCUUGAGAAUUCUGGCGUCUCUUUGAAAGAUCUUGUUGAGCAGGAUGUCAAGGAAAAUCCAGUUAUGAUUUACAUGAAAGGCAUUCCUGAGCUCCCACUAUGUGGAUUUAGUUCACUUGCAGUUAAAAUUUUGCAACUAUAUGAUGUUCCAUUUGGUGCUAGAGACGUUUUGGAGGAUGCUGAACUGAAAAGUGCUGUAAAAGCCUUUAGUAACUGGCCAACAUUUCCACAAAUUUUUAUUAAGGGAGAGUUUCUUGGUGGAUCAGACAUUAUUCUCAAUAUGCAUCAGAGUGGUGAAUUGAAGGAUUUGCUUAAAGAUGUCACGUCCAAGAAGUAAAAGCCCGACUAUAUGAAGUUCAAGUUUUUAAGAUGGGGUAGUUUGGAAGAACUUGUUUGAUGUAAUCUAUUUUUAAUUGAUAUGUCAUUAUAAUUUGUGCCAGAAUCGAUAGAUAGUUAUAACUUGGUGAAUAAAGAAAUUGUGUUCCAUUCAUAUGCCUAUAUUUUUGUUGUUUUGCUUUCUUUAGUACGUAUGUGCUCUACAUAAAGUAAAUUGGAAUCGAGACUGAAAUU